GAUUAGGAAAGGAAGGCGAUGGGAAAUUCACUGGGCUGUGUUAAGGAGCCGAAAGAAUCACUAGCUAUUCCUGAGAAGGCUCCCAUAUCUCCUAAGAAAAGGGUUCGGUUCAAAAGGAAGUGGAGGGGGAAGAAAACCCCUACUCCAGAGGUGUCUCAUGAGGAAGAACGCUUGGAAGGAACCAGAGUCAUUGAAGAGACGGAAACCCAACCGAAGUUAACAGUGAGUCUCCAAAAGGAGGAAGGAGCAGGAGGGGUAGAGCAUCCCCGCCCAGACAUUUCACUGCCUCGGAACUCGGCCCCCAGCUCAGGGGUGGGCGACCAGGGGAUGAUCGUGCAGGUGAAGGAGAGAUUCCAAGGGGAGAUCCAGACUGCUCACCUUUUGUUAGAGAAUGAGUCAUCGGUUGCCAGAGGGGUCUGGGAUUCCCUGGAAGAGGGGAUGACUGUCAUCGCUCACCUGCUAGAUAACCCAGCGGAAAGGAACUGUGAGAAGUCAGUGAGCCAGCUGGUGGAAUUUCCGAGGCCAGCAUCGUGCAGCAGCAGGGCUGUGCUGCUGGCUUUGCAAGGGGAGACUGCAGGGGGGAAAGGAGGGGCUCCGCUUGGACUUCGGAGCAGCACUUUCCCCAGGACAGACCACCCUGCCAUUGCAGGGGCUCAAGACCACCUUUCAGAGGGCUGGCGUGUGGGGGCAGGAACCACGGCUCUUGGCAGUGCCCCUCACACAGGUUCCUGGAUUGCAGAGCCUUCUGUUCCUUCACCCCCGCUGGACCCGUCGAGAGGCCACAGACGCACAGAAGCCCCCAACAUGGGUCGAGUGCCCCCCCCGGGUCUAAGACUGCCUACUUCUCAGAGUGAUUUAUCCAUCAGCGGCAGGACUGCGAGCAUUUUGCCCUCCUCCUCUGGCUAUGGCAGUGACGGGCCACAUUUACAUGGGGUCCAACCUAGAGACACAGAACCUGAAAAGAGCUCCACAUCCUUCUCGGAAGAGGAUGGCACCCUUUCUUUGGAGAUCUCUGACAUCUACAUUAGUGGAGAGUCAGGGGACAUGUCAGCCAAGGAGAAGCUGCUCUUGUGGACCCAGAAGGUGACAGCUGGUUACACAGGAAUCAAAUGUACCAAUUUUUCCUCCUGCUGGAGUGAUGGGAAGAUGUUCAAUGCACUUAUUCACCGGUACAGACCUGAUCUGGUGGAUAUGGAGAGGGUACAAAUCCAAAGUAACCGUGAGAACUUGGAGCAGGCUUUCGAAGUGGCAGAAAGACUGGGGGUCACCCGCUUACUGGACGCCGAAGACGUGGAUGUGCCAUCUCCAGAUGAAAAGUCUGUGAUCACUUACGUGUCUUCAAUUUAUGAUGCCUUCCCUAAAGUCCCUGAGGGUGGAGAAGGAAUCAGUGCUACGGAAGUAGACUCCAGGUGGCAAGAAUACCAAAGCCGAGUGGACUCCCUCAUUCCCUGGAUCAAACAGCAUACAAUACUGAUGUCAGAUAAAUCUUUUCCCCAGAACCCUGUAGAACUAAAGGCACUUUAUAACCAAUAUAUACACUUCAAAGAAACAGAAAUUCUGGCCAAGGAGAGAGAAAAAGGAAGAAUUGAGGAAUUAUAUAAAUUAUUAGAGGUGUGGAUUGAAUUCGGCCGAAUUAAACUGCCUCAAGGUUACCACCCGAAUGACGUGGAGGAAGAGUGGGGAAAGCUCAUCAUUGAGAUGCUGGAGCGAGAGAAGUCGCUUCGCCCAGCUGUGGAGAGGCUGGAAUUGCUGCUACAGAUUGCAAACAAAAUCCAGAAUGGUGCUUUGAACUGUGAAGAGAAGCUGACACUAGCUAAGAAUACACUGCAGGCUGACGCUGCUCACCUGGAAUCGGGACAGCCGGUACAGUGUGAAUCAGAUGUCAUCAUGUACAUUCAGGAAUGUGAAGGUCUCAUUAGGCAGCUGCAGGUGGACCUCCAGAUCCUACGAGAUGAGAAUUACUACCAGCUAGAAGAGCUGGCUUUUAGGGUUAUGCGCCUGCAGGAUGAGCUGGUCACCUUGCGUCUAGAGUGUACAAACUUGUAUCGGAAGGGCCAUUUCACUUCACUUGAAUUGGCUCCACCCUCUACUUUAACCACUACUCAUCUGAAAGCAGAACCCGUGACCAAGGGAACAUACUCUUCCUCUACCUCCUGGUUCCGAAAGCCCAUGACUCGGGCUGAACUUGUGUCUAUCUCCUCCUCUGAGGAUGAAGGCAAUCUUCGAUUUGUGUAUGAACUACUGUCUUGGGUAGAAGAAAUGCAGAUGAAACUGGAGCGAGCAGAGUGGGGCAAUGACCUGCCUAGUGUGGAGUUGCAGCUGGAAACACAGCAGCACAUCCACACCAAUGUGGAAGAACUGGGCUCAAGUGUCAAAGAGGCCAGGUUGUAUGAGGGAAAAAUGUCCCAAAAUUUCCAUACCAGUUAUGUUGAAACUCUUGGAAAGCUGGAGACACAGUAUUGUAAACUGAAGGAAACUUCUAGCUUCCGGAUGAGGCACCUUCAGAGCCUGCAUAAGUUUGUCUCCAGAGCCACCGCUGAGUUGAUCUGGUUGAAUGAGAAGGAAGAGGAGGAACUAGCAUAUGAUUGGAGUGACAACAAUCCCAACAUCUCAGCCAAGAGAAAUUACUUCUCUGAGUUGACAAUGCAACUGGAGGAGAAACAGGAUGUGUUUCGGUCUCUACAAGAUACAGCAGAGUUGCUGUCCCUUGAGAACCACCCAGCCAAGCAGACUGUGGAGGCUUACAGUGCCGCCGCCCAGUCCCAGUUGCAGUGGAUGAAGCAGCUGUGCUUGUGUGUUGAGCAGCAUGUAAAAGAGAAUACUGCUUACUUUCAGUUCUUCAGUGAUGCACGGGACCUGGAGUCAUUUUUGAAGAACCUCCAAGACUCCAUCAAACGAAAAUACUCCUGUGACCACAACACCAGCUUAUCUCGCCUCGAGGACCUGCUCCAGGACUCCAUGGAUGAAAAGGAGCAGCUGAUACAGUCCAAGAGUUCCGUUGCCAGUCUUGUUGGGAGAUCAAAAACCAUUGUUCAGCUAAAGCCACGAAGUCCCGACCACGUGCUGAAGAGCACCAUUUCUGUGAAGGCUGUCUGUGACUACCGGCAGAUAGAGAUCACCAUCUGCAAGAACGAUGAGUGUGUAUUGGAAGAUAAUUCACAGCGGACCAAGUGGAAGGUGAUCAGCCCCACAGGGAAUGAGGCGAUGGUGCCAUCGGUCUGUUUCCUCAUCCCCUCACCCAAUAAGGAUGCCAUUGAGAUGGCUACCAGGGUGGAGCAGUCUUAUCAGAAAGUGAUGUCCCUUUGGCAUCAGCUACAUGUUAACACCAAAAGCCUUAUCUCCUGGAACUAUCUGAGGAAGGACCUUGACCUUAUAAAGACCUGGAACCUGGAAAAGCUUCGAUCCUCAGCACCAGGGGAGUGCCACCAGGUUAUGAAGAACCUCCAGGCCCACUAUGAAGACUUCCUGCAGGAUAGCCGUGACUCUCUGCUCUUCUCAGUGGCUGAUCGUUUGCGCUUGGAAGAGGAGGUGGAGGCUUGUAAAACCCACUUCCAGCACCUGAUGAAGUCCAUAGAGAAUGAGGACAAAGAGGAAACUGUGGCCAAGAUGUACAUUUCAGAGCUGCAGAAUAUCCGACUACACCUGGAGGAGUGUGAACAGCGGCUGGUCAGACGAAUUCAGUCUCCAGCCAGUUCCAGGACUGACAAAGAUGCCCGGCAGGACAAUGCAUUAAGGAUCGCAGAGCAAGAGCGCACCCAAGAGGAUUUGCAGCAACUGAGGUCAGAGUUUGAUGCUGUUUCCACGAAAUGCAACAGCUUUCUGCAUCAGUCUCCAUCUGGUUCAAGUGUCCCAACUCUGCGCUCAGAACUCAAUCUGCUGGUGGAAAAAAUGGACCAUGUGUAUGGUCUGUCCACUGUCUAUCUGAAUAAGCUAAAGACAAUCGAUGUUAUAGUGCGUAGCAUCCAGGACGCUGAACUCUUGGUCAAAGGUUAUGAAAUCAAGCUGAGUCAAGAAGAAGCAGUACCAGCAGAUCUCUCAGUUCUGGAGUCCCAUCGGUCUACAUUACGGCACUGGCUUAGUGAUGUGAAAGACAAGAGUUCAGUGUUUUCAGUCCUGGAUGAGGAAAUUGCCAAGGCCAAGCAAGUGGCAGAGCAGCUGAGUCGUCUGACCCCAGAGCGAAACCUGGAUUUGGAGCGCUACCAGGACAAAGGCUCCCAGCUGCAGGACCGUUGGCACCGGGUCAUUGUCCAGCUGGAGACCCGCCAGUCUGAGCUAGAAAGUAUCCAGGAAGUUCUGGGAGAUUACAGAGCCUGCCAUGGAACUCUCAUCAAAUGGAUUGAGGAAACCACUGCCCAGCAGGAAAUGAUGAAGCCAGGCCAGGCAGAGGAUAGCAGAGUGCUGUCGGAGCAGCUCAGCCAGCAGACGGAUCUGUUUGCAGAAAUCGAGAAGAAUCAGACAAAGCUGGACCAGUGUCAAAAAUUUUCUCAGCAAUACUCCACUAUUGUAAAGGACUAUGAAUUGCAACUGAUGACGUACAAGGCCUUUGUGGAAUCACAGCAGAAAUCCCCUGGCAAGCGCCGUCGGAUGCUUUCCUCCUCAGAUGCCAUCACGCAAGAGUUCAUGGACUUAAGAACUCGCUACACAGCGCUGGUGACCUUAACCACCCAGCAUGUAAAAUAUAUCAGUGAUGCACUCCGGCGACUGGAGGAGGAGGAGAAAGUUGUAGAAGAGGAAAAACAGGAGCAUGUGGAGAAAGUUAAAGAACUUUUGGGCUGGGUAUCUACCCUGGCAAGGAACACACAAAGCAAAGCUACCUCAUCCCAGACCAAAGAAUCAACAGACAUUGAAAAAGCUAUUUUAGAUCAGCAGGUUGUGGCAGAGGAGCUGACAACCAAGAGGAAACAAGUCUCUGAGGCCAUUAAAACUUCGCAGAUCUUUUUGGCCAAGCAUGGUCAUAAGCUCUCAGAAAAAGAGAACGAACAAAUAUCUGAGCAGAUGAAUGCCCUUAAUAAGGCUUACCAUGACCUUUGUGAUGGUUCAGCAAACCAGCUUCAGCAACUUCAGAGCCAGUUGGCCCAGCAGACAGAACAAAAGGGUUGCAGAGCAGUUGCUGGGGUGAUUGACCUAGGCACAGUGGAGAUAUUUCCCAUCUUCAAAGCCAUGCAAAAGGGCCUCAUUGACCAAGACACAGGCCUUGUGCUCCUGGAAUCCCAGGUUAUCAUGUCUGGCCUCAUUGCCCCUGAGACCAGUGAAAAGCUCACUCUGGAGGAAGGUCUAGCCAGAAACCUCAUUAAUCCCCAGAUGUACCAGCAGUUCCAAGAGCUACAGGAUGCCCUGUCCUUAAUAAGCAGGCUUCCUGAGAGCAAAGGCCUUCUUUCGGUGGUGGAAGCAAUUGAAAAGAAAAUAAUCAGUGAGAGAGUUGGACUGAAAGUCUUAGAAGUUCACCUGGCAACUGGAGGUUUCAGUCUCCCCCCUAAUAAAAGCUGCGUCAACCUAGAGGAGGCUUUUCACCAAGGCCUCAUUUCUGCAAGGCUUCACUCACUGUUAGAGUCUUACCUGAAAUCAUCCAAGAAUUUGAUAGACCCCAACACAGCUGAGAAAGUCAGUUUGCUGGAUCUGAUGCAGAGAUGUAUUGUCCACCAGGACUCAGGGUUGAAACUGCUGCCUGUCAAGCAGCUGGCAGGGGGAAUGGUGAGCUUGAAGUCAGGCCGGAAGGUUAGCAUUUUCCGUGCAGUUCAGGAAGGCCUAAUAGACAGACAGGUCACUGUCCGGCUGCUGGAAGCUCAGCUUUUUGCUGGUGGCAUAGUGGAUCCAAGAACAGGACAUAGGCUUACUGUGGAAGAGGCUAUAAGACAUAAUUUAAUUGACCAAGAUAUGGCCUGUGCUAUUCUCAUAAGGCAGCUUCAGACAGGAGGCAUCAUAGACACCGUCACUGGACAUAGGCUGACAAUAGAUGAAGCAGUGAACAAUGAUCUAGUAGCUCCUAAGAUUGCCCUUGUGAUUCUGGAGUCUCUUUGGUCAUUCAUGGGCUUGCUGUGGCCUGAAUCUGGAGAAAUCCUCCCAAUCACAGAUGCCCUGGAACAAGGUAUUGUGUCUACGGAACUAGCUCAUAAAAUCCUUAGUGGCCGACAGCAUAUUAAAGCUCUGUUUCUACCAGCAAGCACAGAGGUUUGGUCCUGGAAAAAAGCAGUAGAAGAUGGUAUGUUGGAUAAAGAUCUUGUCAAUAACUUAAAAUCAAUUUGCAUACCUGAUGUGAUGCCCCACAUGCAAUUGGCAGAUUCUUCAGAACGAUGCAAAUUAAACAUUAAUCCUGGAGCAGUAGGUCUGCCACGGAGCCAGAGCCGAACUGAGGGCAUAGUAAGCCCUAGCGAGAAGCUGUUGUUUCAGCUGAUGACUCACAGCUAUAUCAAUGUGCGAGAUGGACAGAGGCUGCUCCUUUUAGACAACGAGCUGAUGGAGACACUGACAGCAAGAGGUGAAUAUCAAGCAAGCCCUCCAGAAGUGUUGGAAGUUGGGCAUCAGAGACUAGAAACUCCUGAGGAAUUACAAGAAUCAGUGAAUGUCAAAACCACAGAAACUUUCUGUGAUGGGCUGAAUGUAAGGCCAUGUGAGUUCCAGCUUUCUUUUCAGAGUGAAGAAUAUCCUAAUCAGGCAGAUUGCACUGAAGCAAAAGGCAAAAGGACCACUGUAGAAAUUGAAGCUUCCACUAUGGAGAACCCUGAGAGAGACCUGUUUGUGGGGGAACAAAAAGUGAGAGAUCCAAAUGUUGAUACUUUGAUGGUCCCAGAUACAGGCAAAUCAGAGUUAAAAGGGCAAUUGCUAGGCACCAAAAAGGAAGAACUAACAGGAAUGUCCACCAGAGAAAAUGUUAGCAGGGGAUUUCUCCUUACGGUACCCACCGAGGAAGCUGAAGAUGUGACCUUGGUGGCAAGCAAAGAUCCUUUUCCUGUCGAGACACUGAGGGAAGAAUGGCAGACUCCCGGAAAGACUUCUUUUCUGUGUCAGACAGCACGAGCAAACACACCUGAAACUGGAGGGCCACUCAUAAAACCCCAAAGCAAAAGGUCACAAUUUCAGGUAAAGAAUACUCUAGAUUUAGAAUCAGAACUAAGGUCUGAAAAUGACAUGAAUAUUCAUACUCUAGACAAAAAGAAAAGCUUAAAUAAAACAUUUUCGGAUAGGGAUGACCAUAAACAAAAUCCAGAAGGACACGACACUGUAGGCGGUAGUGUGAUGACUUUAGGAAAGACAGAUGUGGAAGACAGUGGUCAUGAAACCUCCCUGUCAUACAGUCAUCCUUCAGAAUUGCUCCAAGAAGCUACCUUAAAUACAUUAUCUGCACAAUUACUAGAUGGUGGUAUCAUUCACGAGCAAACAGGUCAGAAGCUCUUACUAAAUGAAGCAAUAGCCCGAGGUAUUGUGCCCAGUCACACUGCUGUGAAACUUAUGGGAAAACUGAACAUGUUCCGGGGCUUCUUUGACUCUCAGACCUGCGAGUCUUUGACCACUGAAGAGGUCAUUGAUGAAGGUCUGAUGGAUGAGAAAUUAUUACAUAAUGUCCUCAUGGCAGACAAAGCCAUAAGUGGCGUCUUGGACCCCCGUACCCACACACUCUGCUCUGUGAAGGAAGCAGUUACAGUUGGACUUCUUGACACACAAACAGCCUCCAGAAUUUUAGAGGGGCAGGUGGUGACUGGUGGAAUUGUUGACCUGAAACGAGGCAAAAAGGUUUCGGUAACUCUGGCCUCAAAUCUUGGCUUGGUAGACAGUGCUGACCAGACAGAACUUAUAAAUCUGGAGAAAGCCUCCAAAGGCAGAGAUGCUGAGAAAACAGUUAGGGAGAGAUUUAUUAGCUUACAAAUGGAAACAACUGGAAUUAUGGACCCUGAUAGCAGAGCUCCUUUAACAAUCAUGCAGUCCAUUGACAGAGGACUUCUGGAGAGAGAGGAGGCUGUUCGGUUGUUGACUAAGCAGGUGGUAGAUGGAGGUAUCAUUCACCAUAUAUCUGGAAUGAGACUUUCUGUUGAUAAUGCCUUUGAACAUGGCAUCAUUGAUGAAGAUUUAGCCAAGCAACUCAAAAAGGUUGAGAACUUAAGCCUCUGUCAGUUUUUUCACCCUGAAACCAAGGACACUGUUUCCCUUCCUGAAGCCAUAAAAUUAGAUCUUGUUACCCCAGACUUGAAAAGAGAAAUCCAAGAAAUACAGGCUUUGACUGGAAGCUUUGUGGAUCUCAUUUCUGGCCAGAGAUUGACCUUGGCAGAAGCUGAAAAAGAAGGACUGUUAACUACUAAUAAAGCAAUAUUGUCUUCAGGAAUGAUGCAUGGGAUUAUAGAUCCUGAAAGUUACAGAAUUGUUCCUUAUUCAGAAUUAGUAAAGAAAUGUAAGAUUGAUAUUGAAUCUGGACAGAGAUAUCUAGAAGUAAUUCCCUUCUCAGACAUUAAAGAUGCAACAAGUGACAAAGUGCUUACAUUAUCCCAAGCAGCUCAGCUUAGAAAAGUGGACUUUAUAUCUACACUGAAGGUUCUGGAAGCUCAGGCAAAUACCAGGGGAAUCAUAGAUACUGCCACGGGGAAAAGACUGACAUUGGCAUCAGCUUUGGAACAGAAAUUAGUAGAUGAAAACAUGGUAAGAAUUAUUGCAACUCAUCAGGUAUUAAAUGGAGGAAUUGUUGACAUAUUUAAUGAUCAGAGAGUGACUCUAAAGGAAGCUGUUGAGAAAGGAUUUAUCAGCCCUGAACUGGCAACUAUGAUCCAGGUAGAUACUUUAGAGUCCUGCGAUCAUGGGGCUCAGAUUGAAAAGCAAGAUGGGAUUGAAGUAUGUGAAAUAGAGAAGGAAUUUCUAAGAAAGGAAAUGUUAGUUGCUUGCAAUCGGACAGCUGGAAUGAGUUAUGAUAAAGGAGCAAGUGAGAAAUUAUUUGAGAUUGGAAGUCAGUCUGCACAAGGAAAGGUUAAAACAAGAGUUUCUGACGGGGGGCAGGCCAAAAAGAGCAGGGAAAUUUCAUUAAAAGAAUUGGAAUACAAGGAUCAAGAUAAAAGGAGAACUUCUCCAGAUGCUGAAGAAUCUGUCAGUAUCAGCAUUCCUGGUGAUCAUAAAGAUACAUCGUUGGGCCAAGGUUCAGUGAUACUCCCUCACCCAGAAAGUCAUGAUUUUAAACUCAAAGAAGCGGCUAGGGAUGACUUGGGAAAAAACACAAACGAAGAGCAGGAAAACAUAGAGGCACAAAUGGAAAUUACUUCUCAUAUGAAACAGUCUAUAUCAGGUCCAGAUCCUAAAGAAAUAAGAGAAAGCCAAGGAAGAAUUAUUUCAGAAGUGCAAGAAUCAGAUUAUGAAACUUCAGUCAAAUUGCUGAGUGAGCAGGUUAUGCAGAAACCAAUGAAUACCAGGGAGAAAAGGAAGAGGGAGAAGAGGGAGGUGAUUAUAGAAGAAAGUGGCAAAACAUGCAAACCAGUUCUUUCUGAAGAAAAGUUGAAUCAAGAAACCACCAUUGGAGCUGACCAGGGAUCCAAUGUAGAGAUUCCACCUGUGGAAAUAAGCAUAAAUGAAAAGGGAGAAGAAGCUGGUAAAGAAUUGGGAUUUAUUUGUAAAGCUGAAAACUCUUCUCCAGUGAUACCCAGAGGAAUUUCUGUAAAUCAGGAUGUUUUAACAUUCUUCAAACCUAAUCAGGUCCAUGAAGGAGAAGUAAAAACUUUGAGCCUCUCAACUUUAAAACCGGAAGAAAAUUUAUCUCAAAUUACUGGUGGGGCCCAGAGUGAACCAUUCUUUUCUACAGCCCCAAGACCUGAAGGAUUAUACUACCAGGAAUCAGUUGGAAAGGCCCAAGUUGCAGGCAGGUCCCAAAUUUCUGAAUCAAACAAACCUUUCCAAGGAACCAUCAGACCAGAGACCAACUCUUGUCAAGAUUCCUGUGUUACUUUUAAGACCAAAGAAACCAAAGAUCUGAUUUGCUCAUCUAAUGAAUAUAAAGAAAGAUCAUACCAGGAAAUACCUUUUGACUCAACAAGAAUUCUUAAGUUAGAAGAAACUACAGUUUCUACAGUAGACCCAGAAGAAGUCAGUUAUCUGGAAUUCUCAGACAGAAAGGACUUUCAUCAUCAGGACAGCAGAAGUGAUAGUGAAAUUUGUGGAAUUCUCACAUCUAAAAUAACAACUCAGGAAAUGACUGGAGACACAUUUCUAGAAAUGUCAAACCCUAUAGUUACAGAUGUAGAAGCAGCAUCUUCUAAGGGCAUGGUGACUCAGGAUGUUCCCAGAGUCUUAGCAUCCCUUCUUCCGGAGAAACUGUUCAAAGAUGGGUCUCAAAAAGAGAGGGCAGAACAACAGGAUGCCACCAUUAGUCCCCCUAUUCCAGAGACCAGUGAAGAAAAGCCAAUGCCGCUCAAAUACCCUACAAUAAAGAUGGAUGAGAAGACACCACAGGAAAAGCUCAGAGAAAGUCCUGGUGGUGAACAGAUUCCCUUCAUGACUACAGCUGGGGGAAGGGGAAAUGAAGGUGUAAACCCAGAGCCCUCCAGAACAACUAAAAAUGUAUUUAACCGACAACUCUGUCUAGAACAUGAUGAGAAGCUGGUAUCCUAUCUCUCUCUAUUACGUGACAUUGAAAUGAGGACCAAACAGAUUAAACCUCUGGACCUAAACCUGGCAGAGCUACAGGACUUGCUGUGUCAGGCCAAGGUAUUAGACAGGGAGCUAAAGGAUCUGUCCACCUUGGUGAAUCAGGAAUUAGAAUGUGUCAAUCAGAUUAUCAUCAGCCAGCCUCAAGAAGUCCCUGCUCAACUGUUGAAGGCUCUAGAGAAAGAUGCCAAGAAUCUUCAAAAGUCCCUCAGCUCUGUGAGUGAUACCUGGAGUUCCAGAUUCCUCCACCUCCAGAGUGCUGUGGAAGUAAAAAAGACUAGAGUGUUAAGUCAGCACGAACAGCUAGAAGGCAGUCUUCAAGAUCUGAGAGCCUGGGUUGGCAGUACCAAUCUUCUUCUGAACAGCGAGGAAUAUAGUGAGGAAACAAACACUGACAGCCUGAAACACUGCCUCCAGCAAUAUGAGGAUUUGAAGCCGCCUAUGGCUGAAAGGAAAUCUCAGCUGGAUGCUCUUGCUUUUGAUAUUCAGUUCUUUAUCUCGGAGCACGCGCAGGACCUAUCCCCUCAGCAGAACCGGCAGAUGCUGAGGCUUCUGAAUGAACUGCAGAGGUCCUUCCAGGACCUUGUGGAGCAGACCGCAGCUCAGAUGGAUGCCUUGCAGGGCCAUUUUCAACAAAUGGAGCAGGCAGCCCAGGUCAAGACCCUGCAGAAACAACAAAAUACCUGUCACCAGAAACUGGAGGAUCUUUGCAACUGGCUAGGACAGGCAGAAAGCGCAUUGGCAGGUCACCAAGGUAGAGCCACCCAGCAGGAUCUCUCUGCUUUGCAGAAGAACCAGAGUGACUUGAAGGAUUUACAGGACGACAUUCAGAAUCGGGCCACCUCAUUUGCCAGUGUUGUCAAAGAUAUCGAAGGGUUCCUAGAAGAGAACCAGGCCAAGCUGAGCCCCCAUGAGUUGACAGCUCUUCGGGAGAAGCUUCAUCAGGCUAAGGAGCAGUAUGAGGCUCUCCAGGAACGGACGCGGGUGGCCCAGAAGGAGCUGGAGGAAGUGGUGACCUCAGCUGUACAGCAAGAAACUGAAAAGAGUAAAGCAGCUAAGGAACUGGCAGAGAACAGGAGUAAGAUUGAUGCUCUCCUGGACUGGGUAACUGCGGUGGGAUCUGGAGGACAGAUGGAGCAGCUGGCAGGAGCUAGCCUGGGGAAAGGAGCCUUUGAUACCACUGAUGCCCACAAGGGGGCGAGCCAGGCCCCAGAGGAACUGGACAAGCAGUGUGAGAAGAUGAAGGCCCGUCACCAAGAAUUGCUUUCUCAGCAGCAAAAUUUCAUCCUGGCCACCCAGUCAGCUCAGGCCUUCCUGGACCAGCAUGGCCACAAUCUCACGCCUGAGGAAGGCCAGGUGCUACAGGACAAGCUAGGCGAGCUAAAGGGGCAGUAUGCUACUUCCCUGGCCCAGUCGGAGGCAGAGCUGAAGCAGGCGCAGACACUACGGGACGAGCUGCAGAAGUUUCUGCAGGACCAUCAAGAAUUUGAGAACUGGCUGGAGCGGUCUGAGAGAGAGCUGGAGAACAUGCACAAGGGAGGCAGCUGCCCCGAAGCCCUUCCCUCCCUGCUAAAGCGGCAGGGGAGCUUCUCGGAGGAUGUCAUUUCCCACAAAGGAGACUUGCGAUUUGUGACUAUUUCAGGACAGAAAGUCUUGGACACAGAAAACAGCUUUGAGGAAGGCAGAGAACCAUCAGCCGCUGGAGCCUUAGUGAAGGGCAAGCUGAAGGAUGCAACAGAAAGAUACACUGCUCUCCAUUCAAAGUGUACACGAUUGGGCUCUCACCUGCACGUGCUCCUAGGCCAGUACCAGCAGUUCCAGAGCUGUACUGACAGCCUGCAGGCCUGGAUGCAGGCCUGUGAGGCCAAUGUGGAGAAGCUCCUCUCAGAUACUAUUGCCUCGGACCCUGGAGUUCUGCAACAGCAGCUUGCAACGACAAAGCAGUUGCAGGAGGAAUUAGCUGAGCACCAAGUACCUGUAGAAAAGCUCCAAAAAGUAGCUCAUGACCUCAUGGAAAUUGAAGGCGAGCCAGCCCCAGACCGCAAGCAUGUUCAAGAAACUACAGAUUCCAUACUCAGCCGUUUUCAAAGCCUCUUGAGUAGCCUGGCUGAGCGCUCUGCUCUGCUGCAGAAGGCAAUUGCCCGAUCUCAGAGUGUCCAGGAAAGCCUGGAGAGCUUGUUGCAGUCCAUCAGGGAAGUUGAACAAAACCUGGAGGAGGAGCAGGUGGUAUCCUUGUCAUUGGGCGUCAUCCAGGAAGCCCUGGCCACGAACAUGAAAUUGAAGCAGGACAUUGCUCGGCAAAAGAGCAGCUUGGAGGCCACCCGUGAGAUGGUGACGCGAUUCAUGGAGGCCGCAGACAACACCACGGCUGCAGUGCUGCAGGGCAAACUGGCAGAGGUGAGCCAACGCUUCCAACAGCUCUGUCUGCAGCAGCAAGAGAAGGAGAGCUCCCUGAAGAAGCUUCUGCCCCAGGCAGAGAUGUUUGAACAUCUUUCUGAUAAGCUGCAGCAAUUCAUGGAAAACAAAAGCCGGAUGCUAGCCUCUGGAAAUCAGCCAGAUCAAGAUAUUGCACAUUUCUUCCAGCAGAUCCAGGAGCUCAAUUCGGAAAUGGAAGAUCAACAGGAGAACCUGGAGACUCUCGAGAACCUGGUCACAGAACUGAGCUCCUGUGGCUUUGCCCUCGACCUAUCCCAGCACCAGGACAGGGUACAGAAUCUCAGAAAGGACUUCACAGAGCUACAGAAGACAGUUAAAGAAAGGGAGGAAGAUGCAUCAUCUUGUCAGGAGCAAUUGGAUGAAUUUCGGAAGCUGGUUAGGACCUUCCAAAAAUGGCUGAAGGAAACUGAAGGGAAUAUUCCACCUACAGAGACUUUUAUGAGUACUAAAGAGCUGGAAAAGCAGAUUGAACACCUGAAGGGUCUUCUAGAUGACUGGGCAAGUAAGGGAAGUUUGGUGGAAGAAAUCAACUGCAAAGGCACUUCUUUAGAAAAUCUCAUCGUGGAGAUCACAGCACCUGAUUCCCAAGCCAAGACAGGUUCCAUACUGCCCUCUGUAGGAAGCUCUGUAGGCAGUGUAAACGGAUACCACACCUGCAAAGAUCUGACGGAGAUCCAGUGUGACAUGUCAGAUGUAAACUUGAAAUAUGAGAAACUGGGGGGAGUGCUUCAGGAACACCAGGAAAGCCUUCAGGCUGUCCUCAGCAGAAUGCAGGAAGUUCAGAAGGAAGCGGGCUCAGUGCUGCAGUGGCUGGAAUCAAAAGAGGAAGUCCUGAAAGCCAUGGAUGCCUCUUCAUCUCCAACCAAGCCAGAAACAGUGAGAGCCCAAGCUGAAUCUAACAAGGCCUUCCUGGCUGAAUUGGAACAGAAUUCUCCAAAAAUCCAAAAAGUAAAGGAAGCCCUGGCUGGAUUACUGAUGACAUAUCCCAACUCACAAGAAGCACAAAACUGGAAGGAAAUGCAAGAGGAACUCAAUUCCCGAUGGGAAAGGGCCACCGAAGUGACCAUGGCCCGGCAAAGGCAGCUGGAGGAAUCUGCAAGUCAUCUGGCCAGUUUCCAGGCUGCAGAAUCCCAGCUCCGGCCCUGGCUGAUGGAGAAGGAACUGAUGAUGGGGGUGCUGGGGCCCCUGUCUAUUGACCCCAACAUGCUGACUGCACAAAAGCAGCAGGUCCAGUUUAUGCUGAAGGAGUUCGAAGCACGCAGGCAACAGCAUGAGCAACUGAAUGAGGCAGCUCAGGGCAUCCUAACAGGCCCUGGAGAUGUCUCUCCAUCCACCAGCCAAGUACAGAAAGAACUCCAGAGCAUCAAUCAGAAGUGGAUUGAGCUGACUGACAAACUCAAUUCCCGUUCCAGCCAAAUUGACCAAGCUAUUGUCAAAAGCACCCAGUACCAAGAACUGCUCCAGGACUUAUCAGAGAAGGUCAAGGCAGUGGGGCAGCGACUAAGUGGCCAGUCGGCCAUCAGUACCCAACCUGAGGCCGUGAAGCAGCAACUAGAGGAGACCAGUGAGAUUCGAUCUGAUGUGGAGCAGCUGGACCAUGAGAUUAAGGAGGCACAGACACUUUGCGAUGCGCUCUCAGUGCUCAUUGGAGAGCAGUACCUCAAGGAUGAGCUGAAGAAGCGUCUGGAGACAGUUGCCCUGCCUCUCCAAGGUUUAGAAGACCUUGCAGCUGAUCGCAUGAACAGACUCCAGGCAGCUCUUGCCAGCACCCAGCAGUUCCAGCAAAUGUUUGAUGAGCUGAGAACCUGGUUGGAUGACAAACAAAGCCAGCAAGCGAAAAACUGCCCAAUUUCUGCAAAAUUGGAGCGGUUACAGUCUCAGCUCCAGGAGAAUGAAGAGUUUCAGAAGAGCCUUAAUCAACACAGUGGUUCCUAUGAGGUGAUUGUGGCUGAAGGAGAAUCUCUGCUUCUUUCUGUACCUCCUGGAGAAGAGAAAAAGACUUUACAAAACCAGCUGGUUGAGCUCAAAAGCCACUGGGAAGAGCUUAGUAAAAAAACUGCAGACAGACAAUCCAGGCUCAAGGACUGUCUGCAGAAAGCUCAGAAAUAUCAGUGGCAUGUGGAAGACCUCGUGCCAUGGAUAGAAGAUUGUAAGGCUAAGAUGUCGGACUUGCAGGUCACUCUGGAUCCGGUGCAGCUAGAGUCCAGUCUCCUGAGAUCAAAGGCUAUGCUGAGUGAGGUGGAAAAGCGCCGCUCCCUGCUAGAAAUCCUGAACAGUGCUGCUGACAUUCUGAUCAACUCCUCAGAAACGGAUGAAGAUGAUAUCCGGGAUGAGAAGGCUGGGAUCAACCAGAACAUGGAUUCCAUUACAGAAGAACUACAGGCCAAAACAGGGUCUCUUGAAGAAAUGACUCAGAGGCUCAAGGAGUUCCAGGAAAGCUUUAAAAAUAUCGAAAAGAAGGUUGAAGGGGCCAAACACCAACUUGAGAUCUUUGAUGCUCUAGGCUCUCAAGCCUGUAGCAACAAGAACCUGGAGAAGCUAAGAGCUCAACAGGAAGUGCUGCAGACCCUGGAGCCCCAGGUAGACUAUCUGAGGAACUUCACUCGGGGCCUGGUAGAAGAUGCCCCAGAUGGAUCUGAUGCUUCCCAACUUCUUCAUCAAGCCGAGGUCACCCAGCAAGAUUUCCUGGAAGUGAAGCAAAGAGUGAACAGCAGUUGCAUGACGAUGGAAAACAAGCUGGAGGGGAUUGGUCAGUUUCACUGCCGAGUCCGAGAGAUGUUUUCUCAGCUGGCGGACCUGGACGAUGAGCUAGACGGCAUGGGUGCCAUCGGCAGAGACACCGAUAGCCUUCAGUCCCAAAUUGAGGAUGUACGGCUAUUCCUCCACAAAAUCCAAGCCCUCAGGUUAGACAUAGAGGCCUCUGAAGCCGAGUGUCGGCAGAUGCUGGAGGAAGAGGGGACUCUGGACUUGUUAGGUCUCAAGAGGGAGCUCGAAGCCCUGAACAAGCAGUGUGGUAAACUGACAGAGAGGAGCAGGGCUCGCCAGGAGCAGCUGGAGCUGACGCUGGGCCGCGUGGAGGACUUCUACAGGAAGCUGAAAGCCCUCAAUGACAUGACCACGGCGGCAGAAGAGGGGGAGGCCCUCCAAUGGGUCGUGGGGACCGAAGUGGAUCUCAUCAACCAACAACUAGCAGAUUUUAAAAUGUUUCAGAAAGAGCAGGUGGAUCCCCUUCAAAUGAAGCUACAGCAGGUGAAUGGACUCGGCCAGGGGUUGAUUCAGAGUGCCGGAAAAAACUGUGACGUGCAGGGUUUGGAACAUGACAUGGAAGAGAUCAACGCUCGAUGGAACACACUGAACAAAAAGGUCGCACAAAGGAUUGCACAACUGCAGGAGGCUUUGUUGCAUUGUGGGAAGUUUCAAGAUGCCUUGGAGCCGUUGCUCAGCUGGUUGGCAGACACUGAGGAGCUCAUAGCCAAUCAGAAACCUCCAUCUGCCGAGUAUAAAGUGGUGAAAGCACAGAUCCAAGAACAGAAGUUACUCCAGCGGCUCCUUGAUGAUCGAAAGGCCACAGUAGAUAUGCUUCAAGCAGAAGGAGGCAGAAUAGCCCAGUCAGCCGAGCUGGCUGAUCGAGAGAAAAUCACUGGACAGUUGGAGGGUCUUGAAAGUAGAUGGACUGGACUACUCAGCAAGGCAGCAGCCAGGCAAAAACAGCUGGAAGAUAUCCUGGUUCUGGCCAAACAAUUCCAUGAGACAGCUGAGCCUAUUUCUGACUUCUUAUCUGUCACAGAGAAAAAGCUUGCCAAUUCAGAACCUGUUGGCACUCAGACUGCCAAAAUACAGCAGCAGAUCAUCCGGCACAAGGCUCUGGAGGAAGAAAUAGAAAGCCAUGCAACAGAUGUGCACCAGGCAGUCAAAAUUGGGCAGUCCCUCUCCUCCCUGACAUGCUCUGCAGAGCAGGGCGUGCUGUCAGAAAAGCUAGACUCCUUGCAGGCCCGGUACAGUGAGAUUCAAGACCGGGGCUGUCGGAAAGCAGCCCUGCUUGAACAAGCACUGUGUAACGCUAGACUGUUCGGGGAGGAUGAGGUGGAGGUGCUCAACUGGCUGGCUGAGGUUGAGGACAAGCUCAGUUCAGUGUUCGUAAAGGAUUACAGACAGGAUGUCCUGCAGAAACAGCAUGCUGACCAUCUGACUUUAAAUGAAGAAAUCAUUAAUAGAAAGAAGAAUGUAGAUCAAGCUAUUAAAAAUGGUCAGGCUCUUCUAAAACAAACCACAGGUGAAGAGGUAUUGCUUAUCCAAGAGAAACUGGAUGGAAUCAAGACUCGCUAUGCAGACAUCACGGUCACUAGCUCCAAGGCCCUCAGAACUUUAGAGCAAGCCCGGCAGCUGGCCACCAAGUUCCAGUCUACUUACGAGGAACUGACCGGAUGGCUGAGGGAGGUGGAAGAGGAGCUGGCAGCUAGUGGAGGGCAGUCUCCCACAGGGGAGCACAUACCCCAGUUUCAGCAGAGACAGAAGGAAUUAAAGAAGGAGGUCAUGGAGCACAGGCUAGUGUUGGACACAGUGAAUGAAGUGAGCCGUGCUCUCUUAGAACUGGUGCCCUGGAGAGCCAGAGAAGGGCUGGAUAAACUUGUAUCUGAUGCCAAUGAACAGUACAAGUUGGUCAGUGACACUGUGGGACAAAGGGUGGAUGAAAUUGAUGCUGCUAUUCAGAGAUCACAACAGUAUGAGCAAGCUGCUGAUGCAGAACUAGCUUGGGUUGCUGAAACAAAACGAAAACUGAUGGCCCUAGGUCCAAUUCGCCUGGAACAAGACCAGACCACAGCUCAGCUACAGGUACAGAAGGCUUUCUCCAUUGACAUCAUUCGACACAAAGAUUCGAUGGAUGAACUCUUCAGUCAUCGUGGUGAAAUCUUUGGCACAUGUGGGGAGGAGCAAAAAGCUGUAUUACAGGAAAAGACAGAGUCUCUAAUACAGCAGUAUGAAGCCAUUAGUCUGCUCAAUUCAGAGCGUUACACCCGCCUCGAGCGGGCCCAGGUCUUGGUGAACCAGUUUUGGGAAACUUACGAGGAGCUCAGCCCCUGGAUUGAGGAAACCCGGGCACUAAUAACACAGUUACCUCCUCCGGCCAUUGAUCAUGAGCAGCUCAGGCAGCAGCAGGAGGAGAUGAGGCAACUCAGGGAAUCCAUUGCCGAACACAAACCCCAUAUUGAUAAGCUGCUAAAGAUAGGUCCACAGCUAAAGGAGUUAAACCCCGAGGAGGGGGAAAUGGUGGAGGAAAAAUACCAGAAAGCAGAAAACCUAUAUGCCCAGAUAAAAGAGGAGGUGCGCCAGCGGGCACUGGCCCUCGACGAGGCUGUUUCCCAGUCAGCUCAGUUCCAUGAUAAAAUUGAGCCCAUGUUGGAGACUCUGGAGAAUCUCUCCUCUCGCCUGCGUAUGCCACCACUGAUCCCUGCUGAAGUAGACAAGAUCAGAGAGUGCAUCAGCGACAAUAAGAGCGCCACUGUGGAGCUGGAAAAGCUGCAGCCUUCCUUUGAGGCCCUGAAGCGCCGUGGAGAAGAGCUCAUUGGGCGAUCUCAGGGAGCUGACAAGGAUCUGGCUGCAAAAGAAAUCCAGGACAAGUUGGAUCAAAUGGUAUUCUUUUGGGAGGACAUCAAAGCUCGGGCUGAAGAGCGAGAAAUUAAGUUCCUUGAUGUCCUUGAACUUGCAGAGAAGUUCUGGUAUGAUAUGGCAGCUCUCCUGACCACUAUCCGAGAUACCCAGGACAUUGUCCAUGAUUUGGAAAGCCCAGGCAUUGACCCGUCUAUAAUCAAACAGCAGGUGGAAGCUGCUGAGACUAUUAAGGAAGAGACCGAUGGUCUGCAUGAAGAAUUGGAGUUUAUUCGAAUCCUUGGAGCAGAUUUGAUUUUUGCCUGUGGAGAAACGGAGAAGCCCGAAGUGAAGAAGAGCAUUGAUGAGCUGAAUAAUGCCUGGGAGAGCUUAAACAAAACCUGGAAGGAGAGGCUAGAAAAGCUUGAGGAUGCCAUGCAGGCCGCUGUGCAGUAUCAGGACACUCUUCAGGCUAUGUUUGACUGGCUAGAUAACACGGUGAUUAAGCUCUGCACCAUGCCCCCUGUCGGCACUGACCUCAACACUGUUAAAGAUCAGUUAAAUGAAAUGAAGGAGUUCAAAGUGGAAGUUUACCAACAGCAAAUUGAGAUGGAAAAGCUCAAUCACCAGGGUGAACUGAUGUUAAAGAAAGCUACAGAUGAGACGGACAGAGACAUUAUCCGAGAACCGUUGACGGAACUCAAACACCUCUGGGAGAACCUGGGUGAAAAAAUUGCCCACAGGCAGCACAAACUAGAAGGUGCUCUCCUGGCCCUUGGCCAGUUCCAACAUGCCUUAGAGGAACUAAUGAGCUGGCUGACUCACACUGAGGAGUUGUUAGACGCUCAGAGACCAAUAAGCGGAGACCCAAAAGUCAUUGAAGUUGAGCUCGCAAAGCAUCAUGUUCUAAAAAAUGAUGUUUUGGCGCAUCAAGCCACAGUGGAAACAGUCAACAAAGCUGGCAAUGAGCUUCUUGAAUCUAGUGCCGGAGAUGAUGCCAGCAGCCUAAGGAGCCGUUUGGAAACCAUGAACCAGUGCUGGGAGUCGGUGUUACAAAAAACGGAGGAGAGAGAGCAACAGCUUCAGUUGACACUGCAGCAGGCUCAGGGUUUCCACAGUGAAAUUGAAGAUUUCCUCUUGGAACUGACUAGAAUGGAGACCCAACUUUCUGCAUCUAAGCCCACAGGAGGACUUCCUGAAACUGCUAGGGAACAGCUUGAUACACAUAUGGAACUCUAUUCCCAGCUCAAAGCCAAGGAAGAGACUUAUAAUCAACUGCUUGACAAGGGCAGGCUCAUGCUUCUAAGCCGUGACGACUCUGGGUCUGGCUCAAAGACAGAACAGAGUGUAGCUCUCUUGGAGCAGAAGUGGCAUGUGGUCAGCAGUAAGAUGGAAGAAAGAAAGUCAAAGCUGGAAGAGGCCCUCAACCUGGCAACAGAAUUCCAGAAUUCCCUGCAAGAGUUUAUCAACUGGCUCACUCUAGCGGAGCAGAAUCUCAACAUCGCCUCUCCUCCCAGCCUGAUUUUAAACACUGUCCUUUCCCAGAUAGAGGAGCACAAGGUGUUCGCUAAUGAGGUCAGUGCUCAUCGAGACCAGAUCAUUGAGCUGGAUCAAACUGGGAAUCAGUUAAAGUUCCUUAGCCAAAAACAGGACGUUGUUCUGAUCAAGAAUUUGCUGGUUAGUGUCCAGUCUCGAUGGGAGAAGGUUGUCCAGCGGUCUAUUGAAAGAGGGCGAUCACUGGAUGAUGCCAGGAAGCGGGCAAAACAAUUCCAUGAAGCUUGGAAAAAGCUGAUCGACUGGCUAGAAGAUGCAGAGAGUCACCUGGACUCGGAGCUGGAGAUAUCCAAUGACCCAGACAAAAUUAAACUCCAGCUCUCUAAGCAUAAGGAGUUUCAGAAAACUCUUGGCGGCAAACAGCCUGUGUAUGAUACCACAAUUCGAACCGGCAGAGCCUUGAAAGAAAAGACUUUGCUUCCUGAUGACACUCAGAAACUUGACAAUUUACUGGGAGAAGUCAGAGACAAAUGGGAUACUGUUUGUGGCAAGUCUGUGGAGAGGCAGCACAAGUUGGAGGAGGCCCUGCUGUUUUCUGGCCAAUUCAUGGAUGCUUUGCAGGCCUUGGUCGACUGGCUGUACAAGGUGGAGCCGCAGCUGGCCGAGGACCAGCCCGUGCACGGGGACCUCGACCUCGUCAUGAACCUCAUGGACGCCCAUAAGGUUUUCCAGAAGGAACUGGGAAAGCGAACAGGAACUGUUCAGGUACUGAAGCGGUCAGGCCGAGAGCUGAUUGAGAACAGUCGUGAUGACACCACAUGGGUGAAAGGACAGCUCCAGGAACUGAGCACUCGCUGGGACACUGUGUGCAAACUCUCUGUCUCCAAACAAAGCCGACUUGAGCAGGCCUUAAAACAGGCGGAAGAGUUUCGAGACACAGUCCACAUGCUGUUGGAGUGGCUUUCUGAAGCAGAGCAGACGCUUCGCUUUCGGGGAGCACUUCCAGAUGACACAGAGGCCUUACAGGCUCUCAUUGACACCCAUAAGGAGUUCAUGAAGAAAGUGGAAGAAAAGCGAGCGGAUGUUAGCACAGCAGUAGCAAUGGGAGAGGCCAUCCUGGCUGUCUGCCACCCCGAUUGCAUCACUACCAUCAAGCACUGGAUCACCAUCAUCCGGGCUCGCUUUGAGGAGGUCCUGACCUGGGCAAAGCAGCACCAGCAGCGUCUUGAAACAGCCUUGUCAGAACUGGUGGCUAAUGCUGAGCUUUUGGAAGAACUUCUGGCGUGGAUCCAGUGGGCCGAGACCACCCUCAUUCAGCGGGACCAGGAGGCGAUCCCUCAGAACAUUGACCGAGUGAAAGCCCUUAUUGCUGAGCAUCAGACGUUUAUGGAGGAGAUGACUCGCAAACAGCCUGACGUGGACCGGGUCACGAAGACCUACAAAAGGAAAAACAUAGAGCCUGCUCACACGCCUUUCAUCGAGAAAUCUCGCAGUGGCAGCAGGAAGUCCUUGAGUCAGCCCACACCUCCUCCCAUGCCAAUCCUCUCACAGUCCGAAGCAAAAAACCCACGGGUCAACCAGCUGUCCGCCCGCUGGCAGCAGGUGUGGCUCCUAGCGCUGGAGCGGCAGCGGAAGCUCAAUGACGCCUUGGAUCGACUGGAGGAGUUGAAGGAAUUUGCCAACUUUGACUUUGAUGUCUGGAGGAAAAAGUAUAUGCGUUGGAUGAAUCACAAAAAAUCUCGGGUGAUGGAUUUCUUCCGGCGAAUUGACAAGGACCAGGAUGGGAAGAUAACACGGCAGGAGUUUAUUGAUGGCAUUCUAGCAUCCAAGUUCCCUACCACCAAGUUGGAGAUGACUGCCGUCGCUGACAUUUUUGACCGAGAUGGAGAUGGCUACAUUGAUUACUAUGAAUUCGUGGCUGCUCUCCAUCCCAACAAGGACGCUUAUCGCCCAACAACCGACGCAGAUAAAAUUGAAGAUGAGGUCACAAGACAAGUGGCUCAGUGCAAAUGUGCAAAAAGGUUUCAGGUGGAGCAGAUUGGAGAGAAUAAAUAUCGGUUCUUCCUCGGCAAUCAGUUCGGGGACUCCCAGCAGCUGCGGCUGGUCCGCAUCCUGCGCAGCACCGUGAUGGUCCGAGUUGGUGGAGGAUGGAUGGCCCUGGAUGAAUUUUUGGUGAAAAAUGACCCCUGCCGAGUUCACCAUCCUGGGAGUAAAAUAAAGCGCUCUGAUUCCAGCUCUUCGAUUUCCAGUCAGUCUCCCAUAGCACGAGGUAGAACUAACAUCGAACUUAGAGAGAAAUUCAUCCUACCCGAGGGGGCAUCCCAGGGAAUGACACCUUUCCGGUCACGGGGUCGAAGGUCCAAGCCGUCUUCCCGGGCUGCUUCGCCGACCCGCUCCAGCUCCAGCGCCAGUCAGAGCAACCACAGCUGCACGUCCAUGCCGUCUUCUCCCGCCACCCCUGCCAGUGGCCCCAAGACUCCACUUCAGUCCUCUCGCUGUUAUGACAAACCCUGGUUGGUAAACAGUAAAGCUGGCCCCUCUGGCAGGGACAGCCAUUAUCCUGACCUCCAGCUGCCCAGCCCCGAGGUUAUUCCAUCAACAGGCAGCAAGUUGAAACGACCAACACCAACUUUUCACUCUAGUCGAACAUCCCUUGCUGGUGAUACUAGCAAUAGCUCUUCCCCAGCCUCCACAGGUGCCAAAACGAAUCGGGCAGACCCUAAAAAGUCAGCCAGUCGCCCUGGGAGUCGGGCCGGGAGCCGGGCCGGGAGUCGGGCCAGUAGCCGGCGCGGGAGCGAUGCCUCGGACUUUGACCUUUUAGAGACACAGUCCGCUUGUUCAGACACUUCGGAGAGCAGCGCUGCGGGGGGCCAGGGCAGCUCCAGGAGAGGGCUCAGCAAGCCUUCCAAAAUCCCCACCAUGUCCAAGAAGACCACCACUGCCUCCCCCAGGACUCCAGGUCCCAAGCGGUAACGCUGCACAAGCACCCCAAGCCUCUCUCCACUUUGAAGCCUGCUCCGUACAUUGGGUGUAUAUUUAUUCUGAACAGGAGAAGUUAUAUUGUUAAAAGUGUAAAAGAAUAAUUGUGUUAUGAAGCUGCCUUAUUUUUUUUCUUUUUGUAAGUUACUAUUUUCAUGUGAAUAUUUAUGUAGAUAAAAUUUGCCUCCUGGUAACCCUGUAAUGGAUGGGGCCCAGAAAUGAAAUAUUUGAGAAAAACAAGUGAGAAGGUCAAGAUGAGAAUGUGUAUUAAAAAAAAAAAAAAAAAAAGGCGCCUCUAAAUAGGGUUUCUGCGCGGUGCAGGGUUGUAAACCUGCUUUAUCUUUUAGGAUUAUUCCUAAAUGCAUCUUCUUUAUAAACUCGACUUGCUGUCCCAGCAAGAUAAAUUAUAUUAAAAAAAUAAGAAUCCUGCAGUGUUUAAGGAACUCUUUUUUUUGUAAAUCACAGACACCUCAAUUAGCAAGAACUGAGGGGAGGGCACUUCUAAUCGCUUUUUCCGGUGUUUUUAAUACUGUGUGAUUUUAGCUGAAGAGAGGGAACCUCCUCUGGUAAUGUUUGCACAUGAUCAGCAAAAGGAGUUCAUUGCAAUACUUUGAAUACUGUCUCAGUACUGGGUGUUUAAAGGACAAAUAGCUGCUAGAAUUCAGGGGUAAAUACGUUCAGAAGACGUCAGAACAUUGGGGUUUUUAAGAGUCCUGGUUUGUAACUUCCUAUCCAGCCCAGCCACCAAUAACUCCUGUGCUCACCGGGACCCAGGCCCUUGGCAAGGGGAGACUCCUUGGUGACACUGUGAAUUACAGAUUUGUUUAUCUGCAUUUUUGCUAUUUAUUUAAAUGGUCGAUCAACUUCCCACAAACUGAGGAAUGAAUUCCACGAGCCUAUUCUGAAAAUGUGGACAUAAAACAAACACUUGCUCGUCCUUUAAAGGAGUUCACCAGCACACCUGUUAACAAGUCCCGUUUGCUUCCGUCUUUUUUUGUGAGUAAUAAAGUCAGCUGACCAAGUGACCAUGAAGAGGGGCUGUCUGGGGCUCCUGUUUUUUAGCUGCUGUUCCUCUUCAGCUCCGACCAUGUUGCUGUGUGAUUAUCUCAAUUGGUUUUAAUUGAGGCAGAAACUGAAGCUCUACCAAUGAACUGUUUAAAAACAAGACACACUUUUGUAUUAAAAUUGCUUGCAGUAACAAA